AACAUGCUGACAUGAGUCGCUCAAGGUUUCAGUUUGAAGCAAACAGAGAGAUGACAGCUAUUAUAAAACGAGCUAAAGCUCUGGUUUACUAUGGUAGGUAGGGUCAUGCAUUGGACUAUUAUGGAUGUUUGAGCUGUUUUACAUCAGGAUCUGUCUGCAUAUUGGACACCAUGAAGCCUAUAGGACUUUUGGUGCUUGUUGUUGCUGUGUUUGCUGAUAAAGGUGCAACAUGCAGUGUCUCGAGUCCACAAUGUUACAAAAACACCACCCGGCCCGAUGAUGAUUUCCUGUGUGAAUGGGAGGACCGAGACCAUUCUCAAGAUGCUAUUUAUACCAUUUUUAUGCAGAGCUCAUCUGUUAAUGAUUCCUCAUAUGCUAACCAAUUCAAUGCUGACAAACUGUUGUCCAAAUUGCUACCUGUAGAAGAUCUAAUUACAACACGUCUUUUGGACAUAUGGGUGACAAGGCAAGUAUUCAACGUGACUUGCAGCUCCCCAACCAUCUCUGUGUUCCUGAAUAAUUCAGUUAAAUAUAGUUCACCCAAUAUACAGCGAAGGAUAAGGUCAGCUGAAAAACUCAUAUUAAGUUGGCCAAGAGUGAAUGACAACAAAGGUGCUAUUCAUGAGAUCAGAUGGAAGAAGAUUAAUGAUUCCUGGCAGAAUGAAACCUUUAAGACUGAGGAUCGCAAAAGUAAUGGUUAUGACUCCUACACAUUGCAGCUACAGAAGCACACAAUGUACAAGGUCCAAAUUCGACGCAAGGCCAAGCAAAGCCUCCUCUGGAGUGACUGGAGCCAGACUUCUGACAUUCCCAUUGAAAUUCAGCAGCCGGAUGUGAAACAGAAAAUAAAAAUGCAUGGUGGAAAACGGAAAAUCGUACUCAAAUGGAAUAAACCACCUCCUGAAGCUUCUUUCGGAGGCGUCUCAUACAACCUGACUCUGAAUUUACUUUGUGAAAGGACAAAAAAGAAAACAAUUCAGAAGAACACUUUUACAAUUAUGGCUACUAAUUCUGAAGUCAGGGUGUCUAUUGUUGCUAUAAACAAUGUUGGAAGCACACCCUCUCUGGAGAUCAUCAUUCCACCUGUAGAACAUCUCAAAUAUUGCCACAAUGAUUCCCAAACACAAUCACUAUCAAAAUCUAGACGCUAUUGCUUGGAGUGGUACAAGUUCGAAGAUGGUGAGACCCGGCCAGCAAAAGUAAACUUCUCAUGGUCUAAAACACUUGAGGACAUCAAGAAAGGUAUGGAGAAAUUUGUGCAAUAUUAUUACUUUAUUCACACUGGACGCAAUCAACAACGACACACAGUCAUGGCAUGUCCUAUUUAUUCUACAGAAGGUGCACCUACUUCACCGCCAAAAAAUGUCACUGUUUUAAAUAUCACACAUGAUUCAGCUGUGCUGCAGUGGCAAUCGAUUCCAGUGCAGGAACAACACGGGUUCCUGAUGUAUUAUGUAAUAUGGAUUUCAAAAGAAGGCCACAAAGAUGCAGGCCACUAUCAAGAGCCAGGAAAUAAGACCAGUUUCCUUCUCAGGAACCUUGAUCCAAGCUCCUCUUACACACUCAAUAUUGCUGGGAGAACUAAAAUUGGAAUGGGACCUAAUUGCACCAGGACCUUCUUCACACUCAACCCCGCUUCAACUAAAAAUGGGUUGAACAUGGACAAGAUCAUCUUAAUCGUGUGUGCAGUUGUGCUUCUAUUUUCACUUGUAUUGUCUAUUGCUAUUAGAAAGCUAAGAAGUAAGCUGUUACCAGUAAUCCCAAGUCCUGUCAUCUCUGCAGCAACUGUGCCUCAUAUAGGCCAGAAUAUGAAGACCAUAUCAGAGGAGGUGGACAAUGUCAUUCUCUUGUGCCAUGAUGAUCAAGAUAAACGUGACUGCCCUUCCAAACAGAAACACAGCACUUCACUACAAGACUGUGAGGUCAUUGUGGAUAAAACCGAUGAUGAUGAUGAUGAUGAAGAGGACAAUGAAGAAACUCAUUUCAUUGGCUUAAUCUCAAGUGACAAACCAAAUUCCUUUCCAAACCCUAAUUAUAAAGGACAGUUGCUUCGGUUUCCUGAGUGCCAAGAGAUCGCAGACAAAGGUCAGAUCGAAAGCUGCGAAGUUAGCACAACUUCAUACAAAAAUGGUCUGUUUUUUGAAAAUAGAGGUGUGGACAAUGAGAGGAUAUUAGUGCAAUCGUAACACAUAGUGAACUGGAAGCAUUAUUGCAGCACUAUGGUCUGCCCCUGGUAAAAACAUCACUGUGUGAUACGAAAUAGCAGAAUGAAUUGUCAGGUUUUGUUCACUCUACAGAAUCUCUCAAAUGUGUUUGUCUUCUGACAGCACUUGGACAGCAAUGCAGAUAUGCACUGUGUGUGUGUGUGUGUGUGUGUGUGUGUGUGUGUGUGUGUGUGUGUGUGUGUGUGUUUCCAAGUGCUUGAUUUUGCAGUGAUGCUUGACCUACAUUGCUCGACGUUUUGUGGAUCCUGUCUCACUUGUAAUAUGCUUUGGAUAAAAACAUCAUCCAAAUCGAUAUAUGUACAUGUAUGAGAGAACAAUAUUUGUAAGCAAAAACGUACUGUAUAAAAGGUCUAUAUGUUGGAAAUAUACAAACUAUUCUAGGACAUGAUGCAAAUCAAGUAGAGUUACCAAGUAAUUUGAAAAAUCAACACAGAUCAAACAAACGAGCAAAAAGUUUUCGA